AUGGUCGAUGUUGGUAACGCACUUCCUGCGCGUCUGGAACGCCGGGAUCCGGUGACAAAGGUUAUCAAGUAUGUCAUCUACCGCGGCGGCGACGACCAUCAUGAAUCCGAGCCAACCGAGGUGAAUAAGCCAGAGCCGAGUCCCGAGUCUUACCAGUCAGAGCAAAGGCCAGUGUAUAUUCUUGAGCCUAGCCCUGAGUCACGUCAGCCAGAGCCCCGCCAGCCAGAGCCCCGCCAGUCAGAGCCCCGCCAGUCAGAGCCCAGACCAGAGGUGUAUCAGCAAGACCCCAAACCAGAGCCCGCCAAGCCAAGCAGCGCGCCCAAGCCAGCCUACUCUCCCGAGCUCUACGAGUUCGAGAUGCUGUGCCUGGUCAACAAGGAAAGACUUCGCGUGGGGCUUAACCGCCUGGCCUUGCAUCCGGCAAUGAACCGUGCGGCGUACGAACACUCUGUUUACCAGUCGAAUGCGCGCGACAUGACGCACAACGACCCGGCUUACGGACAACUGGGCUCGAGAUUGCAGCGCCAUGGAUUCAGCUUUGCAUCUGCUUCAGAGAACAUUGCUCAAUCGGCUGAGGGUAGCACGAAAAAGGUCUUUGACAUGUGGAUGAACGACCCUCCGCAUUACGUGAAUAUCGUGGAUCCCAAGGCCAAGUACAUGGGUUUGUCUCGCGUUAAUGAUUUUUGGACGCAGGAUUUUGGCUCCGAGGGUGAUAGCGAGGGCGCGUCCGCGUAUGAUGCGUCUGCCUAUGAAUCCGACAGGUACUGCUAA